ACUAGUUUAAAAAAUUGUCUCAAAACAUUUUUCCUUUAGAAACUUGUUCCCCGAUGUCACUCAAAAGUUCAUCCGAGACACAAAGCAUAGUCUCCUGAUCAUAUUAUCACCACUGGAAAAUACGGGUUUGUAACUUAGAUUUCCCUUUGUGCAAAUCAGUAAGUUGUUUCAUCCUUUUCUUCUUCUUUUGUUACGACUAACUGGAGCAAAAAAGAAUUUUUGAAGUUGUAUGGUUUUCCUUCACCAAUUUGCUGAAUCCACAAGUUUUCAAUUUAAAAUAUCCUCUCGGCUAUAAAUACAAGAAGAAGACUAAGACUAGAGGGGAAAACUAUUCCAUGGAGGCUGCUAAUUUUGAAGAGCACGGUGUCCAUUGCAGGGGAAAACUAAUAAGCUGCGAAAUUCGACAAGUACCACAGCAAUUGGGAACAUGUGAACAUGCUGAUGAUAAUAAUAAUACUGGGAGGAGGUGUAAUUACCCCACUUUAUUCAUUCAAUUUCUCCUAACUACUCACAUGGACGUUUGGUAUUUAACACCUCAGCACCCUAGUGAACUCCUAUAUAUGGAUGAAUCUCAUGACACUGACACCAAAUCGUUUCAUCUCAAACUAUCCCAUUCUGAAUACUUGUCCUACACCCCUUUCUACCGCAUCAUUAAACGAAAUCUCAACAACUGGGGCGGUGCGACUUUUAGUACUUCUGUUAACAUCGAUAGUGUGAUACGUGGGGUACGUGACUCUGCUCUGACCAAGCGUGGUACCCAAAACUUGGAGAUGUCCGUUGGUUUAACUUUUAAAAUCGAAUGUAUUCUGGAUGGGAGGCGACAAGAAUUGUCGUCGCGCUUGAAUGUGGGGAUGGUACCUGCUAGUAAGACAUCAAUAAUGCAGUUGCCGGAGAGAAUGGAGAUUGAUGAAGAUCAAUGUUUGAAUGAUGACUGUCCCAUCUGUUAUGCACAACUUGGGAAGGAGGGGGAAAGGAUCGUGUGCAUGCCUUGCUCACAUAUGUUUCAUGGAGAUUGCAUUACAACCUGGUUAGACAGGAGCCAUUAUUGCCCUAUUUGCCGCUAUGACAUGCCAACAACAACAACAAAAGUAUAAUCCCACAAGUGGGGUUAUACCCUUGGCUCAAGAAAAUCAUUUUCCAGAAGCUGCUAUGACAUACCAACUGCUGAAUUAGACUCCUAGCUUCAUGUUUCCUUCUUUCUUUAUUUAUUUAUCUAUCUAUUUUUAUAAUAGUUGAUGUAAUUGAGGAAGGUGGAUUGAAUAUAGCACUUUUGGACAAGUUUAGAA